CCAGGAUUAUAACCCAACCAGCCCCCGAGCGCACCGAGGCUAUAAAUACUGGACGUGCCUCUUUCUGCGCUCAGACUUAACGCGCCGCGGAGCUGGUUACGCACGAGUCAAGCUGUUGGAAGAGCGGACGUUUUUACUUAUAGAACAGACCAGCAGCAAGUCCAAGAUUUAAAUCUUAGCAUCUCCGUUUUUAAUUCACUUUAAAAGGCGUUUUGAAGAGACGAGACGACCAUGUCAGUGGUCAGCGCGUUGCCGUUCAUGAGGCCGCUCCACAUGCCCUCUUCGGUGCCGCGGGGCCGCCGCCACACGCUGCCGGCCAGUGAGUUCCGCUCCCUCAGCCCGGAGGAUGCGAUCAGCGUGUUCGAGAUAGAGAGAGAAGCCUUCAUCUCAGUGUCCGGUGAGUGCCCCCUCCACCUGGAUGAGGUGCGUCACUUCCUCACCCUGUGUCCAGAGCUGUCUCUUGGCUGGUUCGAGGAGGGACGCCUUGUGGCUUUUGUCAUCGGCUCUCUGUGGGACCAGGAGAGGCUUACCAUGGAUGCCCUGACUCUCCAUAAGCCUCACGGCCCCACUGUGCACAUCCACGUCCUGGCCGUCCACCGGACCUUCCGUCAGCAGGGAAAAGGCUCCAUCCUGAUGUGGCGCUACCUGCAGUACCUCAGGUGCCUGCCCUACGUCCGCCGUGCCGUGCUCAUGUGCGAGGACUUCCUGGUUCCCUUCUACCAGAAGUCGGGUUUCAAGGUGCAGGGCCCCAGUAAGAUCACAGUGGGGCCCCUCACAUUCAUCGAGAUGCUGUACCCGGUCAGGGGCCACGCCUUUAUGCGACGUAACAGCGGUGUUUGAGGAAAUACGUGAAGUUUCGUGGAUUCACCUGUGGUUAUCCCUGUGGGAACAGUCGAGGGAACGUUUGAGCAGCCAUGUUGUUCGUGAGCGAUGGACACAGUGGUUGUGUUUGUGAACGUCACUGUGAGAGACACUUGUUCAGCACACGGUGUGGUGUGUCUUCUCACUGGGAGUCUGCACAGAGCCGAGAGCAGAGCGCUGCCGUCCAACAACCGGCAACAGCUGUCUGCAAAAGUCUUCGGAAAAUAACAAAACAAAAUCUCUCUUUGCUUUUUAGUCUAUUUAGGACAUAUAAACCAAAUCAUUAGAGCAGGACUAUAAACCCUUAUUUCAGUUCUCGGCAUGUUUUUAUAUAAAACAAUUUUCUUUGUUAUGAUAAAUGCUGGACAUUUAUCAUAGUCACUAGAACGAGCUGCCUUGUUUUUUAUUCUUGUUAUUUAACCAGUCUGUAACAUGGUCUCUGACUCAUGAUCUGUGAGGGUCACAGACACCGGCUUAUUUUCUUUUCUUUUUUUUCAUUUUACUUUAUAUAGUGAUGGCCACUGCGUUUAGAGAAGAAGCCACAAGGAUCAUUUUGAGACAAUAAAACUGGUAUAUAUCCAAAAUAUAGCCUGUAAUAGAAUGUUAUAGUGUAUUUCAAUAUCCUAAAUAUAUGAAAAUAUAUAAUCUCUCCUUUAGUUUCCACUCGUCACCACCUCUGCCUCCCAGUCUUGAAU